AUGGCCCUACCCGCAAGAUAUCCCCGAGCGACGAUUCGCAAAGCUUUGACAGGCCACUCUCAGAAGCGCCUAACUCGAGACGUUGACGCGUUAGUCUACCUGGAAUACGUGCUGUUUAUGGAAGAGUUAAUGAGAAAUGCUGAGCGCAAAGCCAAGGCUGGCGGCGAGAAGCACAUUGCAGCACGCGAUAUCAGAAUGCUGACAGCUAGCACGUUGAGGAAGUUCAAGGGUUGA